ACAAUACGCCAGUCUUAAAAACCCUAGUCUUCGCCCUGCUCCUGCUUUUACCCUCUGUGUCUGUUUCCUUCCGCCGACGCUCCUUCGCUCUGUGUUUCCGUUGCGCGGCCUCGACCUCCUUGGAAGUUGUACACCGCACCCACCAGCAUGGACGCUCAGACGGAAAAGGCAUUUCUGAAGCAGCCGAAGGUUUUCCUCUGCUCGAAGAAGUCAGGCAAGGGUAAGAGACCGGGGAAAGGAGGUAACAGGUAUUGGAAGAGCAUUGGGCUAGGAUUCAAGACUCCCAGGGAUGCUACUGAAGGUGCUUACAUUGACAAGAAAUGCCCAUUCACUGGCAAUGUUUCCAUUAGGGGUCGUAUCCUUGCUGGUACUUGCCACAGUGCUAAGAUGAUGAGGACCAUCAUUGUCCGCCGAAACUACCUUCACUUUGUGAAGAAGUACCAGAGGUAUGAGAAGAGACACUCCAACAUCGCUGCCCAUGUCUCCCCAUGCUUCCGUGUCAAGGAAGGGGACCAUGUAAUUAUCGGACAGUGCAGGCCAUUGUCGAAGACUGUGAGGUUCAAUGUGCUGAAAGUGAUCCCGGCUGGGUCGUCUGGUGGUGGCGGGAAGAAGGCAUUCACGGGAAUCUGAGUUUAGACUGCUGCAGUUUCUUGAGUUUUGGUGUUAUAUUUGAUAGUGAAGCUUAAAUUGAGCAAUUUGGGGUUGGAUAACUCAGAUGUUAUCUUGCUUAUGGAAAUGACGUUUCUGUCAUCAAGAUUUUGUACGACUUUGUUAUAUCCAUUAUCAGUUCAAUUUGAAGAGUAGAUUGAUUGUAAAACUUUCGAUCCACGGAACAUUUUAGUGA